UAAACAUGGCGGACUGCCCUGCAGUUGUUUUGAUAUUUAGCGGUAAAAGAAAGUCAGGUAAAGAUUAUGUAGUUACAAAAUUGGCAGAAAUGCUGGGAGAUAUUGAUUGUGAAGUGUUAAGGCUCUCUGCUCCUCUAAAGAAACAGUAUGCAAUUGAACACAACUUAGACUUUGACAAGCUUUUAGACUCAUCAUCUUACAAGGAGAGGUAUCGAGGUGAUAUGAUUUCAUGGGGUGAGGGAAAGAGAAAAGCUGAUCCGAACUUCUUUUGCAACCUAGCCACAAAAGAAGCCACGAAGCGUGUUUGGAUUAUCUCCGAUGCACGUCGCAAGACAGAUCUUGAUUACUUCAGCGCUAGGUUUAACACUAUUCACGUCAGAGUUGUGGCGAGUGAAAAGACACGGACGACAAGAGGUUGGAAUUUCAUGACUGGUAUUGAUGACGCUGAGUCUGAAUGUGGCCUGGAUCAGGAACACUUUGAUAUCGUUGUCGACAAUGAUGGUGAUACGGCAAUACUACAGCAGACGUUAGAAAAACUGACGCAGAUAGCCCAGUCUGUAGGCACUGUUUAGACGUGAUAAUGACUAAAUAAAGUGCCACUAAAAUAAUAAAUUGUUAAUUUAAGAUGAUAACAAAAUUAAUAGAAAU